AGCUACCACCAGAAAGAAAGCAACAUGGCUUCAGUCUGUGCCCCACUUCUGCUGUUGCCAGGCAAGAUUAUCUUCUUCAAAAGCGCUUAAUGACCAAGAAUUUCUCAGAAGACUGGGAAUGGACUGGGUGCGAUGAAGGCAUCCUUCCUUGGAGGAACAAAAUUAAGGCAGAAGAAGUCGACAGCACCCACUGCACGCCGAGCACUUUCAGUGUCUGCUGAAGCAACAUCUGAGAGGCCCCUCUGGUUCCCAGGCAGCACCCCUCCUCCAUGGCUUGAUGGCAGCCUCCCAGGAGAUUUUGGAUUUGAUCCCCUAGGCCUUGGAUCUGAUCCAGAGAGCUUGAGAUGGAACCAGCAAGCAGAACUCGUGCACUGCCGAUGGGCAAUGUUGGGCGCUGCAGGAAUCUUCAUCCCUGAACUCCUUACGAAGAUUGGCAUUCUCAACACUCCAUGGUAUACUGCUGGAGAACUGGAAUACUUCACAGACACCACCACCCUCUUUGUGAUCGAGCUCAUCUUGAUUGGUUGGGCUGAGGGGAGGAGGUGGGCCGACAUCAUCAAGCCUGGGUGUGUGAACACUGAUCCUGUCUUCCCCAACAACAAGCUCACGGGGACUGAUGUAGGAUACCCGGGAGGGUUCUGGUUUGACCCACUGGGAUGGGGAAGUGGUUCUCCUGAGAAGGUCAAGGAGCUGAGGACGAAGGAGAUCAAGAAUGGAAGGCUGGCGAUGUUGGCAGUGAUGGGUGCCUGGUUCCAAGCCAUCUACACCGGCACUGGUCCAAUCGAUAACCUCUUUGCUCACCUCGCAGACCCUGGCCAUGCGACUAUUUUUGCUUUCACCCCAAAGUGAAGAAGGAUCAGAGGAGCAUUGGUUGCAGUCGACAUCGGAAAGAUAAUGAUGUAACUCUUUUGCAGGAAUAGAAGCUAAGCUGAAGAGAGGAGAGUAACUGACAUGGAUGUUUGUAUCAUUAAAAAUGAUACUUGCUUUAUACUCGAGUGUUUAAUAUAACAACUUAAUCGAGUACAAAUAGCUUUAGAAAGCUUGCA